AAGGAAGAAGAAGAAAAGAUGAACAAGCGGUUGCGGUUUGUUUAUGUUAACUGCUAUUAACGGUAUAAAAUUACGGAGUUCCGCGGGAUUCCGUAAAGUUUCAAUGGAAGUCGCAAUCGCAACAAUAUCCUAUCCAUUCAUACCUUGUUUAUCCCUUUCUAUCCGUAUGGUGACGCCAGAGAGCUGGAUUUCUGUUUGGAUCGAUCGAUUUCUCUCUUGUUUGGGGAGCACCAAAUGUGCACCUGCUAUCUCCGGGAAUAAUCUGAAUUCUAGGAUGCCAAGCAUGUCAGAAGAUUUUUGGAGCACAAGCACGUGUGAUCUCGAUGAGUUGAUUACGCUUCAAUCUCGACAGAGCUCAUUUAUCAGCAUAAUAAAUCACAACCCUAAACAUGGAGGUGGCACUGACGAUCUGAGCAAUCAUUCUGACUUUGUAAAUAAUGGUUUGAUUCUUUGGACUCAGACCAGGCUUCAAUGGAUCGGAAAUUAUGAGCCUGCGAAACGAACCAAAAAAAAUCAUUUUACAGGAUUAAGUUGGUAUAUGACCAAAGAACUCUUGCUGGAAAACAAAAAACCUUUUCCUCGGCCCAUACCUUUAUCUGAAAUGGUAGACUUUCUGAUAGAAGAAUGGGAAGAAGAAGGGCUGUAUUAUUGAACCAAUCAAUGGAAAUAAAACACCAUCACCUUGUACAUACACCAUGUUUGUGACUUUUUCAGAGUUUAAUUAAACGGCCACUGCCUUAACUUGGGAUCAAUAACAUACAAAAUGACACCACCUGGUUGGCUAACCUUUUCUCUAUUGGUACAUUGAAGAUCUCUAGGGGAGAAGCCAAGUGUGGAAUAAACUGAAAUCCAAGUUCUUCUGAACGAUCGGCGAGCUAAACGGUGAGCCUCCUCCAACCAUCAGCUAAUAUAUAUACUUCAUACAUACAUAUCGAGUUUUCUUCAUUGUUUCUUCUACGCAUGACAGUAUGCAUCAACUUUGUAGUGUGUUUAAUACAAUGUUGAUGAUUGACUUGAUGUAAUUGAUGUAUAAGAAUAGAUAUUAAUCUCUAACCCACAAACUCUCUUGCUUUGAAUUCCGAUAAUACUGAGCUUGAUUUUGUGGUGA